AUGCCCGCCAGCACCAGCUUCCCCUCCUCGGGCAAGGCACUCCUCACGCUCGAGGAGCACAGCCAGUCGCCGCGCAUCUACAUCUUGCGUUUCCUCGGUGCCCACACGCCCGACAACCGCCUCACGCGCGACUUUCUUACGGCGCUCAACGAGGCGCUGGUGCACGUGUGGCAGCAGUGGGACAGCAUUGCCGGCGAAGAGGCGGGCGCCCAGGGCGCCGCACUCAUCACCACGGGCGUCGUCGAUGAGAGCAACAAGAGCAACAAGUUCUACUCCAACGGCCUCGACUUUGAGGCGGCCAUCGCCGACGCCACCUUCUUCGACGAGUGCCUCUUCCCGGCGUACGAGCGGCUGCUCUCGUUCCCCAUCCCGACGAUUGCCAGCGUCAAUGGCCAUGCCUUCGCUGCUGGCUUCGGCCUGAUCGCGGCGCACGACUACCGCGUCAUGUCGGCCAACAAGGGCUUUGCUGCGAUGAACGAGAUCGACUUCGGAGCACAGGUGCCGCCGGGUCUGCACGCCGCGCUUGCAGCAAAGAUCACCAACCCAGCGCUGAUGCGCAAGAUCAUCCUCGAGGGCCACCGCUUCGCUGGCCCCGAUCUGCACGCGCACCACAUCGUCGACGUGCUCAGCCCCGCCAAGGGCGAGCAGGGCGGCGGUGCCAAGACGCUCGAGACGUCCAUUGAGCUGGCGAAGAAGCUGGCGCCCAAGGCGGCCAAGGACUGCUAUGGCUCAAACAAGCUCGUGCUCUACGAGCCGCAGCUGGCCAUUCUGCGCAAGACCAACUCCGACGCGCUCGACGUGCUCACGACCGGCUCGAAGCUCUGA